UUCAUCUCCUCAGCCUCUCCAAUCCAACGACAAUGAAGUUCCAACUCACACUGCUGCUCAUCUCUAUGCUUUUCUCUGAAGUGUUAUCGUUAAUGUGUCAGCAGUGCAUUUCAUUGGGAAUCAUACCAUGCACAAGUACACAGAUAAACUGUUCAAACCAGUGUGCAAGUGCAACUGUUUCUGUGUACACAAGUGUUACAAAAGUAAUAAAUGUUAGUAUGCAAACUUGCAGCAUGCCAGACAUGUGUGUAAAUGGAAGCCUAAACACAGGAACAGUGAACCUGAUCAACAGUGCCAAAUGCUGCAGCACUGAUCUCUGCAACAACGAAACACUUCCAGCUCUGCCACAGCAGUCCCCCAAUGGCAUGAUGUGCUACACAUGUGAUCCUAAAGGCUGCUCGAGAGCAUUGAGCUGUGUGGGAGAUCAGAAUUUCUGCAUUUCUAUGUCAGUUCAACAAGGGGACAGCACCGUGUCUAUGAAAGGAUGUGCAUCCAAGAGCAUUUGUGAUACGGUUAGACCAAGCUCUCAGGGAUUUGCAGUGGUGAGUGUGCAGUGUUGUGAGGGAAAUCUGUGUAACAGUGCCGAGAGCUUUACACUGAGUUUCCUCCUAACGCUCGUCCAUCUGCUGUCCUCCAUCCUCUUCUACUGAACUCCGCUGAUUAUACAGCUCACUGAAAUGCUUUAUGCACGAGACAAGAAACAGAAAUAAAAUAUUCUUUUAAGGUGUUGAUUGAAGAAUUUGCACUUUUUCCCCCUCGUUCUGUUAGCCUCAGCUCUGCUGCGUUGCGGUAGAUUGUCCUUGUCUUUGUUUGGCAGUUAAGAAGACUGAACAGAAAAAUCCACAUAAAUGGACCAACGAGAAAAUUAAUCAUUGUAAUUAAGGUCUACU